UGAUCAUGAAACACUCUAAGAUUCAAACUGGAGUAUUAGAAAGCAGGCAUUCUUUAUUUUCAGUGCCGGAUGAAUGGGGGAUAUGCUCCACCUAUGAUGCACAUGUUGCACAAAAGAUCCUCAGCUUAUAUGCAUUAUUUAUAUUACACAUGCAAAUGUUUUCCUGUACAGAACAGAGAUAUUCCACACUUUCUCAUAAAGUCAUUAACAUAGGGUUCUGCCUCCUUGUACACAUUCUCCACAGCAUUUUUGUGGUGGUGGUCCCACAACCCUCUGGGUGAUGUCAGUACUCUUCCUCACUGUGUUCACUACAUGAACCCCACAUUCAACAAUGGUCAAUUAGCUACUUGCCUUCAUCACACAAUAAUUGCAUUCAGAAUAUUAGUUGAAUCGAAGUAGAGCUUCCCAUAUCUACUCCAUUCAAGAUGUUAGGUAUAUCACUGUUAUCUAGUUGGUACAGGGGCACAGAUUAGGACUGUUUUCUAAACAAACUCCAGGGUAUCCAUCAAGAAGCAUUAGAAAGUGGAACAAUAUUGCCACAACUGGCAUCACUAGGAAAAAAUAGUUUAACAUGAAGUUGGUCAGACAUUGGAUCAGGCUUCCUUGAGAUGCCUGAUGCCAUGAUGCCCCAUGCUUCUCAGGGUUGACAGACAUUUUGAUAAUGCUUUCAUUAAUAUGCUUUUCCUUGUGGUUAGCACUAAUGACGUUAGACUGUUGAAUCUCAUGAUAUGUGACGAUGCCUUUCAGUUCCUCUCCUCUCUAUUAGCUCUGUUAGCAGGAAGACAGAGAUUAACAGAAUCUAUUGGAAUCUUGAAGUGCGCCUGAUGUGACCAGGACAGGUAUUGCUCCGUGGAACACACAAGUCACGCAAACACUCACCUCCUCAUGCACACACAUGUGGAAUCAUGCAAACCUCUAUACCCACAGGCAACUGCAUAAAUCCAGCACGCAGGCUCUAGUUAUUUCAUUGUAAUGGCUUACUAAGCAUGCUGAUAUCCGUUGCCUUUGCUGGAUUCUUCCAGCACGUGAACUGAGUGUUCUGCCCACACUGAUGUGUGCUGCCUCUAAACACUUGGGCCUUUCUUCCGGUCACACUAAAGAUGCCUUCCAUGAGCAAUGGGAGUGACAUAAAUCAGGAUGCAAAAAGUAGCAGCACAGGAAACCAGCACACAGUCUAUGCCAAUAGCUGGGAUGUUUUGCAUUCAAGAGGUUCUUGUCAUAAAAUAAUCACUGCUGCAAGAGAUGCCUCUGGAAAUGGGUCAGCUUGGGUCCAUUAUAAAAGCCAGCCCAGCUCCUUGCUCUCUCAGCCACUUCUCUCACCUCCUUCUGGGGAACCAGGUGAGUGUGAAGCCCCUUCUUCUUCUCUUCAUUCUCCAAACAGAGUUCUGAGCUCAGUGGAACUCUCAGCUGCUAUUAGCUCUAUUCCGUGCCUGACUCUGCUUAACAUGAGAUAGGGAAGUGGGGAGAAUGCUUGUAUCCCCAUGUAUCCCCAUGUCCUGCUUCCUUCCUGCUCUCCCCAAACAGGUGCACCUCCAUUCCUGAGACAUGUCCUGCUGUGACCAGUGCGUGCCAUGCCGGCCCUGCGGCCCGACCCCUCUGGCCAGCAGCUGCAAUGAGCCCUGUGUCAGGCAGUGCCAGAACUCCAACGUUGUCAUCGAGCCCUCUCCCAUGGUGGUGACCCUGCCCGGACCCAUCCUCAGCUCCUUCCCGCAGAACACCGUCGUGGGCUCCUCCACCUCCGCUGCUGUUGGCAGCAUCCUCAGAGGUGAGGGCGUGCCCAUCACGUCAGGGGGCUUGGACCUCUCCUGCAUUUCCAACCGCUACUGUGGCAGAAGGUUCCUCAUCUUCUACUCUUUCCUCUCUUGCCCUUGUAUUCCCUUCUUUUGAAUUUAUAAUUCCCAUAGCCACCCUUGGUGAUAUGGGACUGACAGAUGGAUGUAUUUUGGAAUCUUCACCAUGGAGGAUUUUUGGCAGCUCUGGUGCUGCCUGCAAAACAGGUCCUUGUGGAAGAAAACUCAUUUCCCUCUUCAGAGUCAUUAAUGUUACCUGCAUCUCAGCCUCAGCCUCCAUGUGAUCCUUUUCAUGGUGGCCUCAAGUUGCUAGGAAUGAAGGGCAGCUCUGGUCUGCAGAUAGGAGCCUUUCAUCAUGUGGAAAGUAUUCAUGUGGAAGAAUUACUACAAGAAAACCAUGCAUCAUCUCCUGUGCUCCUUCUAAAUCUGAGAUUUCCACAAAUCUGAGCUUAGGGAAGGAAGUUCUUACUGAAGCAGUGCAACACUUCAUUCUCCAGAAAAGGCCACAUCUGGCAAGGUUCACCCUGUAGGGAAUUUGGGCAAAAGACACAUAGAAUCAUAGAAUCACAAAGUUGGAAAGGACCUACAAGAUCAUCUAGUCCAACCAUCCUCCCAUUACCAUUGCUACCACAAGCCACUAAAACAUAUCUUCUAACUCCUCAUCGAGACGCCUCUUGAACACUGACAAGGACAGUGAGUCCACCACCUUUUUGGGCAGGCCACUCAAGUGCCUGACCACUUUUGGGAGAAAAAGUUUUUCCUUAUGUCUAAUCUAAACCUCCUCUGGUACAACUUCCAUUUCUUCAGGUCCUGUUUGUUUCCUGGCAGAAAAGGCCAAACCCCCUCCUCAUUACAACCUCCCUUCAGGAAGUUGCAGAGUGCAAUGAGAUCUCCCCUGAGUCUCCU